GUUAUGUUGCCAGGAUUGCAUGCAUCGUGUGCAACUGUAAGCAAAUAAUUUAAAUAUGAUAUCAGAACGUAAUAUUAGGUAGUUCGUAAGUGACAGUUCAAGCAGUUACCUUAACUUAUAACUUCGUACGAGAAAUAACACCGUUUACAACAAGAUGGAUGAGCAAGCGUGUCCACGGUGUAAAACCACCAAAUACCGAAAUCCAUCGUUAAAAUUGAUGGUAAACGUUUGUGGCCAUACAUUAUGUGAGAACUGUGUGGAUCUACUCUUUCUAAAAGGCUCCGGAUCGUGUCCAGAAUGUAAAAUCCCACUGAGGAGGACGAACUUUAGAGUUCAAAUGUUUGAGGAUUCUAUGGUUGAAAAAGAAGUGAAUAUAAGGAAACGUAUCCUACGAGAUUUUAAUAAAAGAGAAGAAGACUUUGUCACAUUAAGGGAAUAUAAUGAUUAUUUAGAGGAAAUUGAGACUAUAAUAUACAAUCUGGCUAAUAACAUUGAUAUAGUUGAAACAAACAAGAAAAUAGAGCAGUAUAAAAAAGAUAACAAAGAACAAAUAGCGAAAAGUAAAGCUAAACUUGGCAGAAACGAGUACGAACUAGAGGAGAUGAUAGAAUUGGAGAAGCAGAAAGAGGAAGAAAGAAGGAUAGAAAUUGCAAAGGAAGAAGUCGAGACAAAGAAGAAAAAGAUUCGCGAGAAGGAAGCUCUGAUCGACGAGCUAACGUUCUCUGACGCAAAUGCCAAAAACAUCGUUGAAUCGUUUGCUUCCGCAAUACAGACGCAAAAGGAGGAGGCGAAAGCCUUAUCCUCCGUUAGAGCAACUCAGUUUAGUACAGGAAUUAAAUUUGGUAAUCAAGGAAAUCAGAAUUACACAGUGCCAAAGAUAGAAGAAGGACCUCUCUAUUCUUACACGCCUAUCCGGCAACAGAUAGAAGGUCCGUCACCACCCAACUGGCGAGAACUCCAAGCUCGUGGAUACGUUUCACACAUACGUAAUGAAUGUCAGGUUGAAAGAGCGGGAGGAUUUAAGGCACAUGUCGCAUGCUUACGAGCAUUACAGGAAGCAAUGGCUGGUCUCUAUCAUAAUCCUUCGCAGCGACAAGCAGAAUUUGCAACUGUAUGACUAUACAAGACAUUUUCAAACAACAAAUGUGAUAUAUCCUUGUUUGUCCUAAUUUUUUAAUAACAUUAAAUACUAUUUUAAUCAG